AUGUCAAAAUUUCCUGCUCGUGGACUUCAACUUCGUACUAUCGGUGGCCUUCGCUAUGGGGUCGCUGCAACAAGCGCAACGAAUCUCAGCGUUGCUCCUCAAAGCCGUGCGGCGUCCACUUCCCGUCUUUCGCCCUUGUUCGGCGGCUCAUCAGCAAAUGUACCUCGACCAACAGCCGUCGUACGGGCCAUCAGAUUGAUCUGUACAGGAAAGCUUCCGACGCAUAAACGUGUAGCCUUGCCUGCUCUGUCUCCCACCAUGGAGAUGGGUACAGUGAUCAGCUGGCAAAAAAAAGAGGGUGAUCAGUUGAGUGAAGGUGAUUUGCUAUGCGAGAUUGAGACCGACAAAGCAACCAUGGGUUUCGAAACUCCUGAAGAAGGCUACCUUGCGAAGAUAUUUAUUUCUGAAGGCACUAAGGACGUCCCAGUAGGAAAAUUGCUCUGCAUUAUUGUUGAGAAAGAAGCCGACGUGGAAGCGUUCAAGGACUUCAAGGAUGACGAAGCGUCAGCUCCACCUCCAGAGCCAUCCGCUCAAGCUGCGCCACCGCCACCGAAACCGGCUGCAAAAGCGGAGCCACCUCCACCUCCACCAGCCGCACAAAGCGCUCCAGCUCCUCCUCCGCCUCCACCCACUGCCGUUUCUGGAGAUGGACGUGUAAGCGCCACCCCCUUUGCGAAGAAGCUCGCCAAAGAACGAGGAGUGGAUAUUACUGAUGUGGCUGGGUCAGGUCCUGGAGGUCGUGUCCUCGCAGCCGAUCUGGCUAAAGCCCCACUUAGUGCUCCUGCUACACCUGCAGCAAUGCCCGCUGCACCGGGUGCAGAUUACACUGAUAUUCCUCUUUCAAACAUGCGCCGUACGAUUGCCAAACGCUUGACAGCCAGCAAGACCACUAUUCCGCAUUAUUACCUGACUUCCGAAAUCAAUAUCGAUAGUCUACUCAAUAAAUAUGUAUCUAAUAUGGGAAAUCAAAUGAAAUCGCUCAAAACUUUAAGAGUUCGAGAAAAGCUGAAUGCUCUGCUUGCUCAAGGAACCUCCGGUGGUAUAACGAAAAUAUCCGUGAACGAUUUCAUUGUUAAGGCAUCCGCUUUGGCUUGCCUGCGUGUGCCCGAGGCGAACAGCUUCUGGAUGGACUCGUUCAUCCGGCAAAACAAUACCGUGGAUGUCAGCGUUGCUGUGAGCACUCCAGCGGGAUUGAUUACCCCAAUAGUAUUCAAUGCACAUGCCAAGGGUCUAGCCACGAUAUCAAAUGAGAUUAAGGAGUUGGCUGCCCGUGCCAAGGAAGGCAAGCUGCAACCGAAUGAGUUCCAGGUUUGUUAUUAG